AUGCCCGCGCAAUUCUCAGUAUCACAACAUGUACUGGUUGCAAAUUUUAUCCCUCAUCUGCAGGCGAAAAAUGCUACAUACAUUCCAAAAGGUCAAACGUUACCGUACUACUAUCAAAAUUUUUUUGAGGAAGGUGGCAGAGGCAUUGUCUUUCUCAUUCUUCCAUGGAAAGAUAGAAAAAAAGAAAACAAAAUAUCGUCUAUUAUCAUCAUUGUAUCAACUUCUGACGUCCUUCCUUUUGCCUAUCCUGCUCAACUAGGUAGACUGAACAAGGCCAAGGUGAAGGCUAUGGAAUUGAUAGAUCAACUAGAAGCUACAAGGCGUGGGCCAUAUAGUGGUGGAUUUGGACGCAUUUCUUUCACUGGAGAUACGGAUAUUGCUUUAGCUUUGAGGACUAUCGUAUUCCCAACCUCUGUGCGUUAUGAUACAAUGUACUCAUACAAGGAUAAGAGCACGCGUCAAGAUUGGGUUGCCCAUCUCCAAGCCGGGGCUGGUAUAGUGGCUGACAGUGAUCCUGCUAAUGAACACAGUGAGUGUGAAAACAAGGAUGCUGGUCUUGCUCGAGCCAUUGAUCUAGCCGAGUCAUCAUUUAUUGAAAAGUAA